GUCGCUUUCUUUCUCGUCUUUCUUUGUCGUUACCCUUUACUUUUCUCUCUUCCACCAUCUCUUCUCCCCGCUGUACCCGUAUCCGCACCGCCGGGAAAUGCCCUUCCCACCAUGGCGGCUCGCAACAGCCACCCACCCAGCAGCAGCACGAUGGAGCCCAGGAGGAGCCCCUUUGACGACGGGCCUCUUCCGCCCAUCAAAUCAACCGCGUGUCGCCGAUGUCAUUCGCGAAAAGUAAAGUGUUCCGGCGACCAGCCCUGCCAGAAUUGUCGGCAUGCCGGAAAAGGUGCCGAGUGCACUUACCCGCGCCGCAAUAGACAGGUCAAGGUCAGACAAAGUUAUAUUGACGGUCUUUUGGAUGAGAUCCGUCGUCUCAAGAGCCAGGUUGCUUCCCAGAGCGCUUCAACCUCAACAUGUGCACCGCUAGAUGACGUGAUAUCAGCAACGACGUCGACAGCCACACCAUCUCAGAACACCAGCUACACUGGCAACAGAGAGGUCCUAUCAACGCCAACGUCCGCACACAUAGGUGAUAAUGAAGAACCCUCGACAGUGACAGCAGCGGUGGAGGAUGCAGUAGCAGCAGCAGCAGCAGCCGGGGUCACAGCUCCAGCAACGGCAACACUCGAAGUUCGACCGUGGUUCAUCAACGCCAACGUCUUCCGUACCCCAAUCCUCAUCGGCGAGGUCGCCGACGCCGCCUUCUCCACCCGCUUCCGCCAGGUCAUCUCGGACCCCUACGCGCCGCAACCCCGCCACAUGCUCCGCGUCAACUACGCCCCCGACGCCGAGCUCAUGGCUCUCGUCAAAUCCUCCGAGAUCGCCUGGCCCACGCCCUCGCGCUCCCGCUUCCUCGUCGAGGUGGCCCUCAAGUACGUCGCCCGCCGGUACCACGUCGUCCGCCGCAGCGCCGUCAUGCGCGACCUCGAGCAGAGCAUCCACAACCCCUCCUGGGGCGACCUCAUGCUCCGCUCCAAGCUGUGGGCCCUCUUCGCCGUCGGCGAGCUCUACUCGACGAGGUCCAUCCCCUCGGAGAAGGACUUCCCCGGGAUGCCGUAUUUUGCGAAAGCCUCGCGCGUGCUGGGCGUGCUCGAUGAGCGGCCGGGCACGGACUCGAUUGAGAUCAUGCUGCUUCUUUCUUUCUACUCGUUGGCUCUGAACCGCCGCUACAGCGCGUUUGUCAUGUCCGGCACGGCGAUGCGCAUGGCCAUCGUCAUGGGCCUGCACCUCAACAUCCCCGAGUCCCAGCUGCGCGACCCGGACCUGCGCGAGCACCGCAAGCGUCUUUUCUGGACGACGUACAUUUUCGACCGCAUCUGGGCUUCCAAGCUCGGCCACCCGACCGCCAUCCAGGACAGCGACGUCGGCGUCGACCUGCCCUCCGAGGCGGCGGAUGAUAGGGCGGCAGUGGUGCGGACGCAUGCGACCGACUUUGAGGAUACCGCGUACCACGUGGCGAGCCUGCGGCUGGCGGCCCUCAUCACCAAGACGGUCCGCUCCAUUUACGGCCAGCGCAGUCAGGGCGAGGCGACGACGCUGUCGACGAGGGUCCAGCAGGCGCUCAAGGACCUGCGGGCCUGGGUGGAGGAUUUGCCUGCCCAUCUGCAGAUUGAUAACGCGGGGACUGGGCCGAAGCCUAUUUCGCUGCACCUGUCUUUUAAUCAGUGCGCGAUCCUAGCAACACGCCCAAUUCUCCUCCACAUCCUGCGAACAAAAGUCGCCUCAUGGCCAUCCGCAACCACGACCACAGAGACUCAGCAAGUCCCCGCGAGCGCCAUCACGCUUUCAGAAGCCUGCAUCCGCUGCGCGCGCCACUCGAUCCGGUUGCUAACUGAAUCGUGGAUCGACGGGUCCUUUGCGACAUUUGACUAUUUUUACACGCAGUAUCUCUUCUCCGCGCUGACGAUCCUUGCCGCCUCGAGUCUUCUCCAGGACGGUGCCGUCGGCGGGGCGGGGCCGGGGACGACGCCCAACGACGACAAGGAGGCCUUUGAGGAAUCGGUCAGGUUCCUCUCGCAACUGCGCGACGCGGGAAACUUUGCUGCAAUGGAGUACUGCCACCACGUUGACGUGAUGAGGGCUGAGCUCGAUAGGUUCUAUGCGAAGCGCAGGGGGAGGCUGGAUGCCGAGCAGCAGCAGACGCAGACGCAGGUUUCCUCUUCAUCUUCCUAUGGUGAGGUACUACCACCGCCGCACGGAGCCGGGCCCGAACCCGAAUCCGGCCCGCUCAUGACGUCGCAAUUCGGUUCCAGUGGUGCAAGUGGACUUCCAGUCCGGCCGGGGACGGGCACAGGCACGACGGCGGGGAUGGCGCUGACGGAGCCGUCGUUGGAGGAGCUCCUUGCGCAACCGGUGUUGGAUCUGCAGUUUCUGGAGGCUUCUUUCUAUGAUGACUUGCAGGCGUUGUAUUGGCCUGAUUUUAGCGCGGAGAAUUGGGAUACGUGGGCUUCGACCUAAAGGUCUUGUUACCCUGUUCAUGGGAGAAAGUUGUGGUGGAGCGGGCCCAGGGAGGGGAGAGUCGGGGAUGGAAGGGCCGUUCAAGGAUGAACGGAAGCAAAACAUUUCCGUUCCCAUUGAUGUACACUGUAAGCAGGGAUCGAACAUAAUCCGAUUUGAAGAAAACAAAAAGAGACGAGAUUUCGUCGACUUCGUUUUUACCUUAUUUGCGGGAUCAUUUUCUUCCGGGGAGGUGGUCCAGGUGGGGGGUACGG